AUGACAACUGAUACACCUGUAAAAAAAACUGGCGAAUAUUACACUAGAAGCAUCUCUAGUGUACAAAUUUGCGAUAUCAUUACUAUAAGAAUCUUAAACUCAUACACCAUAGCAGUAACAAUACGCUCGACAACGACGUCGAUACUAACGCAGACAUUAACGACAACAACGACGACACGGUCGACAACGAAAACAACACAACCAACAACACGAUUGACAACAAGAAUAACAGCAACACAAACAACAACAGUAACAACAACAUCAACAACAAUAACAACAAUAACAUCAACAACAAUAACAACAAUAACAUCAACAACAAUAAUAACAACGCGCUCAACAACAACAACAAUCCGUGAGUAG